UCAAGAAGAUAACUCAAGUCGUUGCUGUCGUUGACCGUGGAAGAAUCUCAUUAGGCGCGUCCAUUUAAUCAGUACAAUUUUUUGUGUCUGUUGGAAAAAAGAGUUUCUUUGUACGUCUUCCGAAGCACAUAAACGCUCCUGUCGAGAGCAAGGGAGCAGUCUGAGUAGCCCAGUUGUUUCUGGUGGUAGUAUCAACUGACCGUCGUCUGCUUGUGUAAGCUGAGGGGAAUAUAGACUGCAGCGUUUGCAGUCUACUUUUGUGAUAAAAGGAAACUAGUGUGUCGUGUCUGCGCUUGUUCUCCGUGUUUCGUGACUCCCUAUCCCCCGAAAAUGCCUAAUAUUAUUAACGAGAUAAAGCUCGAUUUCAAAGAUGUUCUUUUGCGGCCCAAAAGGAGUACCCUCCAGAGCAGAUCUGAGGUUGACCUGUUCCGCAAUAUUACUUUUAGAAACUCUAAACAAACUUACAAAGGAAUCCCUGUGAUUGCUUCCAAUAUGGAUACGAUUGGAACCUUUGAAAUGGCUGUUGUCCUUGCCAAGCAUGGACUUUUCACAACCAUCCACAAGUAUUACUCUCCUGAAGAAUGGCAAAAAUUUGCCGAAAAUCAUCCCAGCAGUCUUCCCCAUGUUGCUGCAUCUUCGGGUGUAGGCCAAGCUGACUUUGAGCGGUUGUCUGCUAUCCUCAAUACAAACCCUGGAGUCAGAUUUAUCUGUUUAGAUGUUGCAAACGGUUACACCCAACACUUUGUUGAGUUUGUACGGAAAGUUCGUAACAGCUUCCCUCACCACACCAUCAUUGCUGGCAAUGUAGUUACUGGUGAAAUGGUAGAAGAACUCAUACUCUCUGGAGCUGAUAUCGUCAAAGUUGGAAUUGGCCCAGGCUCUGUCUGUACCACCCGUCUCAAAACUGGUGUUGGGUACCCUCAACUCAGCGCCGUUUUGGAAUGUGCUGAUGCUGCCCAUGGCCUUGGUGGCCAUAUUAUAUCUGAUGGAGGCUGCACUUGUCCGGGAGAUGUUGCCAAAGCAUUUGGUGCUGGAGCUGAUUUUGUUAUGCUUGGAGGAAUGCUUGCUGGCCAUGAUCAAUGUGGUGGUGAGGUCAUAACAAAACCAGACGGGAAGCAGUACAAGUGCUUCUAUGGCAUGUCAUCUGAUACAGCCAUGAAAAAACAUGCUGGUGGUGUGGCUGACUACAGGUCUGCUGAGGGCAAGACUGUUCAGGUCCCCUACAGAGGAGAUGUUGAAUGUACUGUCCUAGAUGUUCUGGGGGGACUGCGAUCUGCAUGCACUUACACUGGUGCAGCAGAGCUCAGGGAAUUGUCAAAGCGCGCUACAUUCAUUCGUUGUACUCAGCAAGUCAACAAUGUAUACUCCAAUUUAGGUUGAUUUUAAAUUGGCUUAUUCUUCCUUAUUCUUUUGGGUGAGCGUGUUUUCAGUUUAUCAUGAAAGCACCUGCCUCCCUAAGUGUCACCAUGGCGCACAAUUAUUUUUUUGGUCGGUAUCUUAAGCUUUUUAUUUAGUGUGACAAGUUGAAAGUUAAUGAGAAAUUUUAUUUUUAUGUUAGCUUGGGUUUGUGGAUGUCAUCAUAUAUUACCAAAUCUAGUCUUGUUGGAGCUUAUGGCUUUGUCCUAAACAGAGAAAAUAUUUAUAAAAAGAUAAAUGCAAUGUUUUCAGCAUACCAAAGAGAUUUAUUUACUGGGAUGACAUAAGCAAAGCUUGUUUUGAAAAUAUUACCAAGUACUUAACAUUUUUCAAACUAUUUGGUUAGUGCUGUGAAUGUUUUAUUUUAUGAUAAAAGACAUAGUGUUUCUACACAUUCUUUUUCUGUUUUGUCUGUGAAUCUCAAAUUGGUCCACUGCUUGUAGGCGUUCCUGUUCGUGUUCAAGUAUAUUUCAUGUACUAGUAUGUAAUACUUGUACUUUUAACAAACAUUAAUGUAUUUGUACAACACCAAGAUAUUGAGUUAGUCUGUUUAGAUUUUGAAGUUUUCUAAUGACUUCUUGAUGUUAUUGUUUUUCCUUGUUUUGAAUUUGUGUUGAGCUUACUUAAAGUAUUACUAGGAGUUAAGAAACUUUAUUUUAGUUAAAAUUUGUAGGGACAGCCCAGCAUUUGUGCCAAUAAGUCAUUUGGAUGUAAUGGAUGAAAUCUCUUUACUUGGACCUAUGGCUAAGUUGAGUUGGUGUCAGCUUACUUACUACUAUUUUACAUUACUUUGGUUUCUUUACAAAAUUUCACUAAGUCCCUCAUGGUUUUAAAUCUAGUCUCAUGUCAACGAACAAAACUAAUAAAGGGACUUCGGGAAGAAAGAGUGCCUUUUAAGCCACUCGGCAUUUAAACAUUCAGGGGUUUCUGUUAUCCACUCAUACAUAGAAUUUGUACUCUUUGCUAAAUUGAUUCUUUUUGUUACUGUUGUUCAUUUAUCACAUUCUGAUGUCAUCUUAUAGAAGAUUGUGCAAGUGUUAGCUUGAAUUGUUGUGAACUUCUGUAAUAUAAACUAUCAACAGCAGGAAGGGUCAGUAGCUAGUUAUUGGUAAUGUCAACUAGCAGGACCAAGCUGGACUGAAACAUUCACAAUAUUAUUAAUUAUUGUAUUGUAAGGUGGUUUUAGGCCUAAGGACCAGCCUGGUUGCCCAUUUCUGUGAUAAGUUGUUCGUGGCUAGUCUGGCAGGGUACACUUCAUAUUUCUGUGAUCUUAUAUGUUUAAAGUGUAGUUUUUUCUUGUCUGAAGAUGAUCUUGAGGUUUUGUGCAUUAGUCCCAUCCAAAUGCAAGGUUACCACUCAAUUUGUUUACUAACGACCAGUCGCGUAGCUUCCAGGUUUACUUGGAUUUAGAGCAGAAGUUCAACUUUUGUUAUUGAAAAAGAAUAGAAAAUUUCCCAACAGUCCCACGGGGUGGUCGUUUUGAUCUGCACGUAGCUCAAAUUUAAUGUGACCUGUAGUACAGUAGAUUUGGGGGCUUUCAUAACGGUCCCCACUCCAAUGCUCAUGUCAGUAGCAGCUAUGAGCCAGACUUAUAGUCUACAGUAUUCAGCCGUCCACUUCUGUACUAUUCCACAGCCGUUCUUUGAGAGCCUCGAUUUCAUCCCUAUUUGAAGCUCUGAAGAAGAUUGACAAGACAUUCAACUUGUCAGGUAACCAGGGUUGCUACAUCAAAUUGUGUACUUUCUAAAAUAAAAGAUACUGUGAACUAA